AUGUUGUCCUCCUGCAGGAAGCUGCUGCUGCAGCAGCAGCAGCUGUUGGUGCUGCUCCUGCUGCUGCUCCUUUCAGGUGUCUUUGUAGCAGCAGCACCAAAGGAAGCAUCUAAAUCAGGAUCGCGAGACACUGCAGCAGCAGCAGCAGCAGCAACACACCGGUCUUCGAAGCAGCAAGAGUCUGCUGCUGCAGCCGUAGCUGCCGAGAAGGAGCAGCAGCAAUCAGCAGCAGCAGCAGCAGCAGCAGCAGCAGACCUUGCUGCAUGCAAUAAGAAGCUAACUUAUGCAGAGCAGCGAGCAGACAACGCAGAGAGCGAUUUGUUAUCCUUUAGGCAGCAGCACGAGGAGUCCUUAUCCGCAUGCACAACAAAGCUGCAGCAGCAGCAGAAGGAGCAGCAGCAGCAGCAGCAGCAGCAAGCAGAGGCCCUACGUAAGCGUCUUAAUGAUGAGCUUAAGACGAAAUCCGAGCUAGAGGCGCAGCUGCAGCAGCAGCAGCAGCAGCAGCAGCAAAUAGCUGUAGAGGCGGAGGAUCUGCGACGCGAGCUAGCAAAAGCGCAAGCAGAGGUGCAGCAGCAGCAGCAACAGCAGCAGCAACUCCGUGACCGCAUGCACCGCAUGGAGCAGCAGCAACAGCAGCAGCAGCAGCAGGGGAAGGGUGCUGCAGGUACAGUAGAGAAGGCGAAGGAAGUUGCUGCAGAUAUUGCGCAAAUAUAUCUUGCUGUCUUUGAGUCUGCUGCUGCUGCUGUCCCUAUGUCUAUAAGGGAUGCAGCGCAGCAGCCAGCAGCAGCAGCAGCAGCAGCAGCAGCAGAUAAGCUCAUAGCAGCAGCAAUAGCACAUGCAACAGCAGUAACAGGAGCAAGAACAGCAGGGUUUCGUGUUGGAACAGCAGCAGCAGCUGAUGCUGCAGCAGCAGGUGCUGCAGCAGCAGAUGAUGAUGCUGCAGCAGGAGAUGAAGCUGCAGCAGCAAACGGUGCUGCAGCAGCAAAUGAUGCAGCAGCAGCAGCAGAUGACGCUGCAGCAGAUGAUGACGCUGCAGCAGUGUGCAGCGUAAUGCUGCAGCAGAAGCAGCAGGUGCUGCAGCGACAGCAGCAGUUGCUGCUGCUGCAGCAGCAGGUGCUGCAGCAGCAGCAGCAGCAGCUAUGUUUGUGGCCUAGUGGCAAGUUUUGUGUGGCAGCAGCAGAUGCAGCUUUGCUGCUGCAGCUCUGCUGCAGCGGCUUGGGGUGUAUGUACACCUGCUGCAUACUGUGUGUGUCGGGCGGCUGCUGCAGCAGCAGUAACUGCAGCAGCAGCAACUGCAGCAGCAGCAGCAGUGCUGCCUUCUUCCCUCAUUCUGUGUAG